AUGAUUGACUUGAACAUGAAAUCGCUGGAAGCGAAAGUUGUUGUUUUGGGAUCCCAAGGUGUUGGAAAAACCAGUGUUGUGAUCCGCUAUGUCGGAGGUAUGUUCAGCAAAGCUGUCAGUCCUACAAUCGGGGCCUCGUUUUUCACAUACAAGCUGACCCUUGAACAGUACCGGGUGAAAUUACAAGUAUGGGACACGGCCGGCCAGGAGAGGUUCCGGUCUAUGGCCCCAAUGUACUACAGAAAGGCAAAUGCAGCCAUGCUGGUGUAUGAUAUAACAUCCUUGGAGAGCUUCUACGACAUUAAGGACUGGGUCAAAGAACUCAAGAAAAAUGUUGAUACGCCUAUUGUUUUAUGCCUUCUGGGUAACAAAAGUGACCUUGAGAGUGGCAGAAAGGUCAGCAAAGAAGAUGCUAUGGAAUAUGCCGCCUCCAUUGAUGCAUUGUUUUACGAGACAUCUGCCUUAAAAAAUACAGGCAUAGAAGAUGCUUUUCUACAAGUAUCCAAACAGCUGAUCCACUUGUAUGAAACCGUACCCAACAGUGGAAUGGGAGCUGUCGUCAACCAGCAUGAACCCGAUAUGUUUUCCACUGAACACUCUCUCAAAUUGCCCUACAAAGAUGAGCCCACUCAGCCGCAAGCUCAGAGCUCCUCAUGCCAGUGUUAA